CGAUAUACGCGCUAAAUUUGUAACCAUUGGACUGGGCCUCUCAGAAGUUGUUUGUCAACUAUCAACAGAAAUGCCGUAAGUUUCUUACUAUCUAUUCCUUUGUGUUAGAUAACUACACAUUUAUCAACAUUAUUAAUGAAUCAUACAAUGUAAUAACUGUGCAAAUGAAGUUGUUGGCCUCGAUAAACUAGCGAGCUCGCUAAAGUAGCUAACGUUAGCUGAACAAGCCAGCUUGGGGGGGGUCCUACUAAUUAAGCUAACAGUAGUUUCUAAUACACACUUUAUUUAAUGUUUCUAAAUGAUCUUCACUGUCUUUCACAGAGCCAAAAGAACACUCCGUUUGGAGGACAAGGACAACGUGAGUUAGUGUAGAAAACAUCAGUGAUUGUUAUGAGAGAAUUUGAGCCUAACUUACUGUAGCUAGCUAAAUUGAACUGGCAAUUUCUGGGAGUGUGACUUCUGUUCUGCAUCAUAACGUUAUGGCUAGUAAGCAUAACCAGGAGAAAAUGUAAUGGGUAAAUGUAUUAUUUGUGUGUCUGUGUGCACCAAACAGACACCAGCCAAGAGACCUGCACCAGACAGAAACUACUCCCCAUUGACUGGUACCUACCAGAUGAGUCCCAGUGCAGCUUUUCAAGCAGGUACAGUAAGGCAUCACAUGACAAAGAAAUAACCUUAUAAAAUCAACAAACAAGACAAAAAAUAUUUGUCACAUACACAGUUUACAGCCAGUAUAAAAGGUGCAGCGAAAUGCUUAUGUGUUAGCUUCCUCAACAGUGCAGUACAUUAGGCAAUACCAACAAUAAAAGAGUAACAAGUAAAAGAAGAGGUAGUAUGCUGAAGCAAUAAGGCACGAGGGGGUGUGGUAUAUGGCCAAUAUACCACGCUAAGGGCUGUUCUUAGGCACGACGCAACGAGGUGCCUUACUGCUAUUAUAAACUGGUUACCAACGUAAUUAGAGCAGCAAAAAUAAAUGUUUUGUCAUACCCGUGGUAUACCACGUCUGUCAGCCAAUCAGCACUCAGGGCUCGAAUCACCCAGUUUAUAAAUAGUAAUAACAGACUGUAUUUACAUUUGAUAGCUUGUUCAACAUCUAUAGAAAGUGCUCAUGAAUUUGCAUACCAUUGUGACAUUUUGUACUUCAUCAACAGGUAAAGCCAAAGCCAGUGGGAAAACUGCUAAUUCCUGUAAACCACAGGUGCCACAGACAGAAGUGGAAAUGUGAGUAUUGUAAAAUAUCACAGUCUCUUUUUUUAAUGUACACAACAGCAAUACUGCUAAGCUAGCUAUAUAUACACUGAACAAAAAUAUAAACGCAACAUGCAACAAUUUCAGAAGAUUUUACUGAGUUACAGUUCAUAUAAGGAAAUCACUCAAUUGAAAUAAAUUCAUUAGGCCCUAAUCUAUGGGUUCACAUGACUGGGAAUACAGAUAUGCAUCUGUUGGUCACAGAUACCUUUUAAAGGGGGGAUGUGAAUCAGAAAAACAGUCAGUAUCUGGUGUGACGACCAUUUGCCUCAUGCAGCGCGACACAUUUACUUUGCAUAGAGUUGAUCAUGCUGUUGAUUGUGGCCUGUGGAAUGUUGUCCCACUCCUCUUCAAUUGCUGUCUGAAGUUGCUUGAUAUUGGCAGGAACUGGAACAUGCUGUCGCACAUGUCGAUCCAGAGCAUCCCAGACAUGCUCAAUGGAUACAAUGUCUGAUGAGUAUGCAGGCCAUGGAAUAACUGGGACAUUUUCAGCUUGCAGGAAUUGUGUACAGAUCCUUGCGAAAUGGGGCCGUACAUUAUCAUGCUGAAAUAUGAGGUGAUGGUGGCGGAUGAAUGGCACGACAAUGGGCCUCAGGAUCUCGUCACGGUAUCGCUGUGCAUUCAAAUUGCAAUCGAUAAAAUGCAAGUGUGUUCGUUGUCCGUAGCUAUGCCUGCCCAUACCAUAACCCCACCACCACAAAGGGGCACUCUGUUCACAACGUUGACAUCAGCAAACUGCUCGCCUACACGCUUUCUGCCAUCUGCCCGGUACAGUUGAAACUGGGAUUCAUCCAUGAAGAGUACACUUCUCCAGUGUGCCAGUGGCCAUCGAAUGUGAGCAUUUGCCCACUGAAGUUGGUUACAACGCCGUACUGCAGUCAGGUCAAGACCCUGGUGAGGACGACGAGCACGCAGAUGAGCUUCCCUGAGACGGUUUCUUGCAGUUUGUGCAGAAAUUCUCAGGUUGUGCAAACCUACAGUGGCUGGUCUCAUGAUCCCGCAGGUGAAGAAGCUGGUUGUGGAGGUCCUGGGCUGGCGUGGUUACACGUGGUCUGCGGUUGUGAGGCUUGUUGGAUGUACUGCCAAAUUCUCUAAAACGACGUUGGAGUCGGCUUAUGGUAGAGAAAUUAACAUUAAAUUAUCUGGCAACAGCUCUGGUGGACAUUCCUGCAGUCAGCAUGCCAAUUGCACGCUCCCUCAAAACUUGAGACAUAUGUGGCAUUGUGUGGUGUGACAAAACUGCACAUUUUAGUGGCCUUUUAUUGUCCCCAGCACAAGUGCACCUGUGUAAUGAUCAUGCUGUUUAAUCAGCUUCUUGAUAUGCCACACCUGUCAGGUGGAUGGAAUACAUUGGCAAAGGAGAAAUGCUCACUAACAGGGAUGUAAACAAAUGUGUACACAACAUAUGAGAGAAGAAAGCUUUUUGUGAGUAUGGAACAUUUCUGGCAUCUUUUAUUUUAGCUCAUGAAACAUGGGACCAAUGCUUUACAUGUUGCAUUUUUCAAUUUUUGUUCAGUAUAGAAUAACUUCCUGUUUGAAGAUUUCAGGUGUGCAAACCAAAAAGAAAACCUAUUUAUUCUGAUACUAGGAAAGAAGGGGAUGUCUCCCUUUUUAUUAUCGGUGGAUAUUUCAAUUGCCACACUUGGCUGAUGGUCAUUAUGACGAAUCAUAAUUUAAUGACAGGAGACAUGCAAUGAAGUGGAUUCAUCAUUGGCCAAAUUAUCAGUGAUUUACAUAGCACUAAAAAUAGUUGGUUAAGAGUACUUUAAGACAAGGGUAAUUUCCUUCCCCAAAGCAUACCCAUUUUGAGUCCAUUCUAUCCAUCAAGACAAGCAUUAGUUUUGAAUUUUAUAGUGCAGUCAUUUAAGAGGGAUCUAUUUAAAUGUUACCAUUCAAAUAUGGUCAUGACGUAUUUGAUAGACUAGACAUGCUGUCAUCAGGGGAUAUUAUUAUGAGAGUUUUAACUAUAUCAGUAGUAUAGUCCUAUAUCUCUAACCUGUGAUUUUAAUGCAUUUAACACUUUGUUCAUUUGGACCUUACCUUAAUUAAUUUGGACCAGACUACAUGCCAUCAGCUCUAAACUGGAAGCAUCAGUUGGAGCAUUUAUCAAGGCAAGGCAAGAGCUGGAGACAAUAGUGGUAAGUUAAAAAUGUUUUGUCUAAUUUCCCUAUCGGUGAAAAAUGACAUUUUAGUGCUUCCAUCAUAGCUCCAGUUUGAGUUAAAGUAUAUGAUAGCCUAAACCUUGAUUUUACUCUGGUAUUUUCAGGUCAUUGCAUGCAUUGUAGGGACCGUUUAUAUUUGUGAUGUUAAGGAACUGCUCACCCUUUUCAUAUCGAUCUGAGUAUGAUGAUGUAUUGUUUUUGCCAUCAUCAGGCUGCAGAGGGCAGCAGUGAGCUGAAGAGUUUCUUUUCUAGGGGCUCUGCUGACCUGAAGACCGAACUGAGGAGGCACAGAGAACUUGGUGAGUGGGGAUUUAACCACCUCUGUAGCUCAGCUGGUAGAGCACAGCGCUUGUAACGCCAAGGUAGUGGGUUCAAUGCCCGGGACCACCCAUACACAAAAAAUGUAUGCACGCAUGACUGUAAGUCGCUUUGGAUAAAAGCGUCUGCUAAAUGGCUAUUAUUAUUAUUAUUAUUAUAGUAUAACCAUACAGUAUAUGGUAUGAUGACAAGGGUCAUUCAAUAA